CAAAGAUGCUAAUAAGUUUGAGGCGUGAACGAAAAAACACUCAAACGAUAAAUAAAGACGUUUAUAUGGACUAAUUUUGACGCUGUUCGUUUUUGUACUAAUUUCUGUAAGGCAUUUUUGAAGCUGUAGUUUCAUAAUAUUUUGUUUUUAUUAGCAUUAGCGAAGCAAAUUACCGUUUUGAAGCCUGUUGAAGGAUUGAGCUGUUAAAAUCAAGACGAUCUAGGAGUUUUUAAGACACAUGGAGGAAAAUGAAUCAUCCCAGAAUGAAACGGAAGAGCUGAAAGCUUCGGUCAAUGCAAGGGAGUUUAUUCACAACAUUGCACAAAGGGAUCUGGAGCAGUGUUUGUUUGCAGAUUCACUUGUGACCGUGUCUGAUUCAGGCAGAGAACUGGGAGAUUUCUCUGUAAGUGUUACUAAAGCGAGCUACAAUGAGGAGCUUUGCUAUCUGCUCCAUGCCAACAGUCACGGAACUAUUGAUGACGUCCCUUGUGGCACAUCCAUAGUAGCCUACAUAUCCAGAAAGCUCGAGAUACUGGAAGAGAAUCAUCAUGAAUAUGUAAAGCUGGAAAAGAAAACGGUGGACCGGAAGAUUCAUAUUGUUAGACAAGAUGAUCAACUAGUGGUUGACCGAGUCAUCUCAGAGAGAGAGGAAGUAAAAGCACAAACCCACAAAUUCCCAUUGAGCUCUCUAAAUGGCUUUGUGUCUGAGGCAUCCAACUUCCUCCUCCUGCGCAUAAUGGCUCGACAGAAGAUUGUUCCAGAAAACAUGACAUUCCUGUCAUUAGAUGCAGAUUCCAUGCUUUCUAAGUCAGUUUAUAAAGCACUUGGGUGGCAAAAGCAGAUGUUUGGAGAAGAUUUAAUCGAUAUCUUUGGGAUUGAAAGGACAAUCUCCUCUGCAAAUCACUACUCAGCAACCUGGCAUUGCUACUUCAUGCCUGAUGGGCAUCUAGCAAGCAGAGUGCAGUUGGGCUCACCCGCAGUGAUGAAGUUACUGCACUUGCCUUUCUUGCAGGAUGGAGUGGAGAAGGACAAGAUUCCAGUGUUUGAGAAGAAGCCACUCAUAUGGGAGGAAGAUAUGGAGCUUUAUUCAAAGUUUCUUGACAGAAAGGAAGAGCUCAAAGCAGAUUACUCGUCAUACAUCAGACAACAUCCUGAGCUGAAGGCUUUACUGGCGGACUUCCUGCAGUUUCUGCUGUUGAGAAAACCUCAAGAUGUCUUCUCUUUUGCACGUGACUUUUUUGCACCCUUUGGCUCUCAAAGUCCUGCAAAAUCCGAGGAGUUUUGAAACUUUCUGUCGGGAUUUUAAAUGCUAACCAUGAUUUGUCUGAUGUUAGCCUAGAAAGAAAAUAAAGGGU